AUGCUCAUGUCCUUCACUGCAAAAUCUUUAGUUAGCGGCCUGGCAGCCUCUUCCUUGUGGGGAGGAGAGCAGAGUUCGAAUGGGAUCCCACAGGGCGAUGCCCAUAUUUCAGUUCCAUUUCAACAGAUACGGAGAAAUGGGAGCUCUCAUCUCGGCACGUUUGACGCUCCGCAUCUUCCUACUCACAUAGGGGAUGCACCCUGGGAUGGCAUCCAUUCGAGGGAUGUCAGUACAAUGCCCAACACGGGUGUGAUCCGGAAGUACGACUUCAGUGUAUCCUAUGCAGACAUCGCCCCAGAUGGCGUACACAAACAUGGCAUCGUGAUCAACGGCCAAUAUCCUGGGCCUCUAAUAGAAGCAAACUGGGGAGAUUGGAUCCAAGUUACCGUACACAACAAUCUCGGUGAUGGCGAUGAAGGGACAACGCUGCACUGGCACGGACUUCUCCAAUACCAGACUGAAUGGAUGGAUGGUGUACCCGGCGUUGAUUCAUGCCCCAUUCCACCUGGAGAGACAUUUGUUUACAUGUUCCGAGCCGAUAUGUACGGAACUUCGGUAAGCUAUUAUAGCCAUCGGAAGAAACUUUAUGCUGGAGGAGCUGCCGGGCCGAUGGUUAUUUACGGGCCACCCACGGCAGACUAUGACUUCGACCUCGGUCCCAUUCUACUCUCUGACUGGUUCCACGACGAAUACUAUGUCCUCGUGGAAAAAGUAAUGACACCCUCUGUCGAGCCAUUGCUGCCGCCACAAUCCAAUAACAAUCUUAUCAACGGAUUUGGCAUCUUUGAUUGCGCAGACACAACAUUACCUUGUGAUUCGGGGUUCAACGCGGCAGUUUUCCGAUUCCAAUCGGGGAAAAAGUAUCGUCUGCGGUUGGUGAACACUGGCGCCGAAGCACUGCAGAAGUUUUCCAUCGACGGGCAUACAUUGACCGUCAUUGCCAAUGACUUCAUCCCAAUUAACCCAUACCAAACUGAUUCCGUAACUCUGGCGGUAGGUCAAAGAACAGAUGUGAUUGUAGAAGCGAACAGUCACUCCACUGAUGCUGUCUGGAUGCGUGCGAACGUGGGACCAGGAAUUACCAACGGCGGCUGCAGUGGUAACGAUCCUAAAAGGCAAGAGGCCGUUGCAAUAGUCUUUUAUGAAGACGCAGACACAUCCGUUCAGCCCACAUCCUCGCCUAACCCAGAUGCUGCCCUGACAUACUGCGGCAACGACCCACUCAAAGACACAACUCCGCUCUACCCAAUCAGACCAGACGACAAUCCAGAGAUCACUGCCGAGCUGCAAAUCCAGCAGCUCAACAACGGCACGCACAACCUCUGGUACUUUGGCGGCCAAUCCUACCGCGCGAACUACAACGAAGCUCUCCUGGUCCAAACAGUCGGCGGCAACCUGUCCUACACAGAGCAAUCCAACGUCUUCAACUUUGGCUCCAACAGCUCCGUCCGCUUCGUCAUCUACAACCGCUUCCCGGCGCCGCACCCCAUGCACAUGCACGGACACAACAUGUGGGUGCUAGCCGAAGGACAGGGGCAAUGGGACGGCACGGUCACGAACCCAGACAACCCGCAGCGCCGAGACGUGCAUCUCUUGCAGCCCGGGAGCGACGAGAAUCCCACGUAUAUCGUCGUCCAGAUUGAGCAGGACAACCCGGGCAUGUGGCCUUUCCACUGCCAUAUCGCGUGGCAUGUGAGCGCGGGACUGUACCUCACGAUGCUGGAGCGGCCGGACGACGUGGCCAAAAUGCAAAUUCCGGAGGAGAACCUGCGGAUGUGCGAGCUCUGGGACGCGUACACGAAGCGCAACGUGCCGGACCAGAUUGACUCGGGGCUGCGGUGAGCUGCUGCCGCCGCUGCAGCAUUGUCCUGUCUGUCGUUUUCGCAAAGUGCGAGAGAGAGAAACGACUUUAUUUCUAAUACCGGAGUGUGGAGUGUGGGGGACCUGAUAGUGGCUGCGUCUGGGCUGAAGCCGGCCUUGCGCGGCCUUGCUUGGUCUUGGUUUUUGUCGUGGUUCUUUACGUCGUUAGAUUCGGGUGUUCUGUUCACGCUUAAAUUUAUUUCUUAUUUUCGGCUCGCUCGUUCGUUGUGGGGAGGGUGGAUGUGGAUAGGAGAUAUGAAAACAUAGCUGGCUAGAUAUAUCGUUUGUCUUUAUAGAUGGGUAGAAAUUCUUAUCCCAAGAUCCUAAGAGCCAUCACGCAGUUCAAUGAGUUCAAACCCAACUGCGUUAUUCAGGGAUUCCAUGAGACUCUG